ACGGUACUGCAUGUGCCGCUAGCCUACACGCACAAACAAACAUCAACAACGCGAGGAAACAUUACGUGCAGUGGUUAUAAGAUGCUUACAUGUGAAUUUUAAAUAGACAAAGUGACAGACACGAACACUAGGAUCGAGUGCAGUGUUUAUUAGCGCCCGAAGAUGCCGAAAAUCUUCUGGAUUAAGAAGCGGCUCCAUGAGCAGCAACUGGAGCUGCAGGAAGGCCAGGAGUUGCUCGCCAGCAAGACUGACCCGCUCUGUCCCGAUUCUCCGCUUGACGAUGGCCCCUUACCGCUCCUUUCGAAAAAGGAUAAAGAAAAGGAAUGCACUGAUGGUGACGUAUUUGGAGAAAACAAAGGCACUCAUGAAAAUCGCACAAAAGAAACUAGACGAUUUAUAUCAUCGAUUCUUGGAGGCGAUAUUCCCUACGGUCAUCGCUCACACGUUCUUACUCAAGCUGAAAGAAAACAGUACUUACCCGUUUUGGUAGAGGAGAUAAAACAGGAGGACAAACCUUUAGUAAAAGAAGAGAAAAAGUUAAUAGACAGUGAUCCUGUGGUACUUCCUCCGAGAAAUAGCCCAUCUCCAGAAUCAAAACCUUCACCUGGUAUUGACAACAAUGUUACAUGUCAGAAAGUGUCUGUUAUUCAAAGAACACCUUCCCAGUCGCAGUUUCGUGAUAACAAAAAGGAAGAUGUCACAAUUCCAACAACACUACCACCUCCAGAAACAGAACAAGAUCAGCCUAUUGAUUAUGUUAUUGCCAAAAAACGUGGCGAGACUGAAGACGAAGAAACAGAAAAGAAAAUAAGAGAGCAAAGAAGAACUAGCAGUUCUAAAAUUGCAAACGGAAUUUUAGCACGACCUGUUUUAGUGCUCAGAAAUUGCCCUGCUACCAAAGUCCCAGGAAUGUUAAAUGCCGCUGCCGGUCAUGGACGAUCGACAGGAAGCAGUAGUUCUGGUAGCGGUUCACAAAGCGGCACAGGAUCAGGCAGUUUUAGCUCGGGUAGUGGAGGUGCAGCUCCGUCUUCAGGAGGCGGUGGCGCUAUUGGAGGUGGAUCAGGAAGCGGUGGUAAUGGACGAGAUGGGCGAUCUAAUUAUGGACCUAACAGUCCACCUACUGGUAGCCUCCCACCUUUUUACGAAACACUCGGUCCAUCAACCAAAAACGGUCAAAAUUCAUUUAAUGCAAACAGCAACUUCUCUAAUGAAUUCAAUAUGAUUAACGGAUUCAACAUGGACUGUGAAAAUAACGAAAAUACAACAAAUUUUACGGAACAAAGCAAACAGUACUCGUUGAUGCAAAACGCUCCUUAUGGACUAGCACUAAAAGAUGAAGAAGUAGACUAUGAGAAUAAGUUAGAAAAUUUAGGUGCUAUUGGUAAUUACAGCAGUAAUUUCGACGAUCCGAUGGUUGUCGAAGACGUUAUUGACAAUUAUCAAUUUAACGCAACACUGACCUUCCCUGGGUCAAAUGAAGGCAUCUUAGGAAAUUUGUCGGAUUCCACUGAGGAUUUUGCCGAUCUGUUAAACAAUCCUGUAGAAUCCUUAACAGAUUCAGAAGUACGAGAAUCAUCAUCCAUAUCUCCGGACUCCGUUCAUAACGCUGUAGACAUAGAAGCAUUGGCUGAACAAGUACAUUUAAGUAGACAGUAUUAUGAAAAGGCUAACUAUCUAGCAUUUGCCAACCAAGAACAGAGUCCUUCCUAUAACUUUGCUAAAGAACGUCCUGAUUUAUUAAUGCAAUUAAAUCCUGCUCUUCUUCAACACAAUGAAGGACAAAUGCAACAGCUUCAAAUUCAUGUUCAGCUUCAACAAAGGCAACAGAUUCUGUCACCGGGCUUCCCCUUCUCUAGUCACCCACUGGACCUAGAUUCACCGACAGGAGUAUCACUUCCAUCGCCCGGUGGAAACAACUCGUUAGAUGGCAACAGUCAUAUGGAGAAUACUCCCAUCAGUCCUGCAGCUGCUGUAAGUCUGAAGAAAGGCUCUGUCACCGAUACAAAAAUUCAAAUUUUACAACAGAGGUUAGGACUACCAGCAGAGCUUCCUCUCGAAUUCAUCAAUGGCGGACAUGGUGUGAAAAAUCCUUUGGCGACUGAAGCUAACGCAAGACAAAGGGAAGAAGAAAAAAACAAACAAGUAUUAGUCAGUGAAGACGACCCAACAAAGUUUGUUUGCAGAGUUUGCUCGAAAAAUUUCAGCUUACAGAGGCUCUUAAACCGACAUAUGAAAUGCCACUCUGAUGUAAAACGAUACUUGUGCACAUUUUGCGGCAAAGGAUUUAAUGACACAUUCGACCUUAAAAGACACACAAGAACGCACACCGGAGUCAGACCGUAUAAAUGUAAUCUGUGCGAAAAAUCAUUUACCCAAAGAUGCUCACUGGAAUCACAUUGCUUAAAAGUGCACGGAGUCCAGCACACGUAUGCCUACAAAGAAAGAAGGACUAAGAUGUAUGUUUGUGAAGAAUGUGGACACACAACAUCGGAGCCUGAAGAGCACUAUAUGCACCUGAAGAAGCAACAUCCCUACUCUCCAGCACUGCUCAAAUUUUAUGACAAAAGACACUUCAAGUUCACGAAUGCUGCAUUCGCAAAUCAACUCCUGGGUCAGCUGCCCAUGCCAGUACACAAUUAAAGUAUUUUAAUUAUUUGAAUCAGGAGUCACAUGACUUUAUUCACCAUGGUAUAAAAUUAACUAAAACGUGAUAAAUCAAGAAAAUCAGAGAGCCUGUCUCAAUAAUUAGCUAGCUUUGGUGAAUAUUGAAAAUGUGAUUAGAUCAUCAAUGUAGCUGAUUCCAGUUAAACGAAUAAAAGUACAUAUUUGAAGUCAAAUCUAUACAUUCCGUCCACUUUUUUCUUUAAAUUCCAUGUACCAUCCACUGUGAUACUAAAUUCCCAGUGUUUAAUCAAAUGAAAUUGUUACAAGUGGAAACUUAUGUGAAAUUUUAUAGAAUCAAAAAAGUCUUCCAAUCUGAAUUUAUGUAGUUACAUUCCGUAAACAAAGACUUAACAAAUUAUAUUGACAAUAGAAUUUGUCAUAAAUAAAAUACCUUAAUUUUUUAAUAGUCAGCGUAAUAUUUCACUGGCCUAAAAUGUAGGCAUGACUGCAAAUUAAAAAAUCAAAGUAUCGGGUAUUAUGUGCAAUCUUUGGUGAUGGUGCGGGGUUUAUACUAAGCUAAUAAUUAAGUUAGACUAGUUUAAUGUAAACAUAGCUCAUGUCUCAUAAAAAUGUAAAUGUAAGUUUCAUUUCAAAACGGCAAUGUGAAUUGUAGAGAUUGUUAUUUCUUAAGCGGUAAAUAAAAAAGAGCGGUGCUAAAUAUCGUUGUGGAUGCUGAUUUGAAAUGAAACGUUUUUUAUGGAUCGGAUGACAUCUCUUGUCCGAUUCAUGAAGGAUAAUUUCAUCGAAGACUUUGAUGGUAUUCGUUCUACGAUAAAGAAUCUCUUUCCUCGUAUUAGUGAUAUUAGCUCCUAAUUUCUGAAAUGUUAACACAAAUCAUGUCACAAGUUUUCUAUUUUGUACCUACCCGUAAAAUGUUAUGUUUGUUUUUGUUUGUAAGUAUUAAUUAUAAUUGAUAUCAAAAUUUUUUUUAAAGUGAGAACCGAUAACGGCUCCGCGUAAUGUCGUACCAAGUCUUAAUGCAUUUCUAGAUUAUAUAUUAUUUAAAGUAAACUAUUGAUUGGACUGUGCUGUGAGUGUAUGAGUAUGAUAGAGAUGUGUAUAAAUGUGUUAUUUAAUGUAUCGAUUGUUAAAUUAAUUAUUGUAAUGCAUCGAGUGAAUUUUUAAUGGAGAGCUUCCAAAUUAAUGAAGGGUUAAGCUAAUGCUCAAUUGUAUUUGCGCUUUCACAGCGAAGCUUGUGUUUAAAAUUGUCGUGUACUUAAAUUUGUAAAUAUGUCUAAAUUUAGAAUAAAGUAGGAAAAUUUUAAAGAUUAAAAACCUAAUGUUACUUUUAGAUGUACCUUUCCAGGAGAUAUGAGAUUGUUUUAUGUAAAAGUACGUAAUAUAUAAUUAUAUUGUACAAUUCGCUAAGAUAUUAAAUAAUAAAUCGGAAAUUUUCAAUCGGCUUAACGUUGGUGAGCUUGGAGACUAGGUAUUAUUGUGAUAGCGCAAUGCCUCGUAAUAAUAAACUUGUAUGUUGCAUUUAAUAGCAUUUCGAUCCAUUUCCAAACUGUAGUUUCGUAUUUUAGAAACAAACAUUUUGUUAUUUGUAUUGAUAAGCAAUAUAUCACAA